AUGAGGCUACAAAACGACCUGGCUCUAUAUCACUCUGCUUGCCAAAGUGGUGAUUUGGAAAAGGUGAAGUAUUAUGUAGAGAAAAAGAAACACGUUAUUGAAUCGGAUGGGAUUGGCAACUCAGGUGCUUCGGGUUUACAUUGGGCCAGCACCUGCAACAGACUGGCUGUGGUGAAAUAUCUAGUCAAAAAUGGAGUUGAUGUUAACUUGGGAAGUGACAAUACUGACGUAGGGACUGCAUUGCAAUGGGCAACACGAUAUGGUUACAUAUAUGUAAUGUUCUUUUUGAUCCAAAAUGGUGCCAACACCAAUAGCUGUGAUAAAGAUGGAAACACGCUCCUUCACGAGGCAGUGAAGAGUGGGAAUGUUAUGGCUGUUCUUUAUGUCCUCUUUACACUUGUUGACCUGCAUAGGUUAGAAUUGAACGCCAAAAAUAAAUAUGGUGAAACUGCGCUGUCUCUUGCAGCAUAUCAAGGUGACGAAUGGUCGGUAUAUUCUAUCUUGAGAUUUGGGGCUGAUAUAACGCAACAGGAUUUACAGGGUUAUACUUCCUUGCACAAUGGGGUAUUGAGUGGGAACCGAAGAGUGGUUAAAUAUCUGCUUACUUACGGAGCAGAUCUUACGAAGACUACCAAGGACAUGAAGACUGUUUCUGAUAUCGCAAAAGAAUCGAGGAACCUGGAUAUUUUCAUAAAGCCUUGCAAGAGUUGUGCUUGGAUAACAAAGGGAAAACCUCUAGGAUAUAGAUUUAACAGGUUUUGGAGAAAUGCUAUAACAUUUUCCAUACCAUUCGCUCUUUGUGGUUUCCUUAUACUUAAUUCAGGGCUCAUUCCCACUUUUUUCGCGGUACUCCCUGUCAUAUUUCUGACACCAUUACUUAUAAAAGUAGUGAAACUUUUUGUUUUGCAAUCGUAUACUCCUCCCGAAACUGACCACUCCAGUAUUUUGGAAACGCCGAUGAUGGUGGGCGUUUUUUUAGUCAAUAUGGGUACUUUUAUUGUCCUAUGGUUGGUGCAUCUGCAGGAGGUGUUUUUCAACAACGAAUACUAUUUGAACUUCGUUUUUCCAGUUCUUUCUACUUUACUUCUGCUUUGUUAUGGGAGGCUGAUUUUUUCAGAUCCAGGAUGUAUCCCUGAAGAAACCGAUACUGAUUUGAUCCGAAACGACAUUGAAAAAUUAAUCAAGCUUGGCUCCUUCAAUUGUCACACCUUCUGUCUAAAAACGUGGAUUAGAAAGCCCGUCAGAUGUUCACUCUCAAAGUUGAAUCAACAACAGGUUGCCAGGUUUGACCAUUACUGCGCAUGGAUAUACAAUGAUGUUGGAUUGAAAAAUCACAAGCUGUAUAUUUUUUUCUUGAUUCUGCUCGAGACCUUUCUCAUGACAUUUGGAGUACUUAAUUGGAGAUAUUUUGGGCUUAUGGAGAAAACAGCAGAAUGUUUUCUAUUCAACAGAACCAUUAUUUGCCAUGGGUACAAAAACUUGAAAGUAGUAUUUUUGUUUUUGGUUUGGACUAUAUUUCAAGCCAUUUUUGUGGGGAAUCUUUUAAUGCUCCAGUUGAGAAAGAUAGCAUAUGGUAUUACAACGUUUGAGCUUGUUUUUCUCAAAGAGUUCGUAAGGAAUCGGAGCUUAGAGACUAAGAUAUGUAACGAUUACUUUGACGUCAGGGAGGCUGCUAAAUGCGAUGAAAGCGCUUCCGCAGAUAUUUCCACUUGUCCUAAAAAGUAUCUGAUAACUCCAAGAAUUCAUUGUACUGACCCGGAAGCUACUAACCGAUUGCUGGUGGUUGCUGAAUUUCUGGGUUUUGAUGAAUGGAGAUUUCCUGGCGAGAAGGAAAUACAGAAAAGAAAGGAGACGAUUGGUUAUAUACCAUCGUGGUAUACUGCUACAAGCUAUGGCAAGUGUACAAACAUAAAGGAUUUCUGGCUCUCAAGCCAAACGAACGCACCUACUUUGCUGCGAAUCUUUCAACUGCCAAACAAUUCGAAGGCGCUGUUGAAUGGGGAGGUGGUGGACUACUUUAGACUAUAUAAUAUGCCCCAGGCCUCCUAG